AGGUCGAGCUCCGUUCCUUUAGAUUAGGAACGAACAUAAACCGAACUCUUGUCGAGCUGAACAGCUCGGUUCGUUUACACGCCUAAACCUAAGGAGCAAUUUACUGCUGUUUUCCCCCCUCAUCCCCUUUAUGAUAUUUUCAGACUGAAUUGGAAUAAAAGCACUACCGUGAUAGCAAACCUCGUUGUUCAUUAGAGACUGUAGCAGCUGCUUCAAAACAGAUUCGUUUAAGUAAAAAUGGAGAAAUUUGAACAAUACGCUUUAAAUUUGAUAGACAGUGGCGACGAAGAGGAGGCGGAGGCAAAGGAGGAGGAGGAGGCUGUAGAACAAGAAAAACAAGGAGAAGAAGCCGAAGAAGAAGAAGAAGAAGAUUAUGACGAGUUAAACCUAGAUUUAGCCUUAGUUGAGGAGAAUACGUUAGAUUCCAUUGAUCAAAAUUACGAUCAUCAACAUCAGCAAUUUGAUCGGAUUGACUAUGAAGCUCUUGCGUCUAGAAAACGUAAAGAACUAUCUGACACUGGUGCCUGCUCAGGAUCAGUGAAGACGGCCAGGCUGGAUUCUAUAACUGGUGCUUCGAGAGAAGAAAUAUUGCAAGCUAUUAAUCAUGGUACACGGAGGAGAAAGUCUCGCAAGCCUAAGAAAAGAGGAAGGAGGAAAGGGUCAAAGAAGCAACUCAGUCCUGAAAUUACAAAGAUGCUUGGAUAUGCUACUGUUGCCUCUGCACAUGGUCGCUAUGAAGAGGCCAUGUCUGCUCUGAAGGAAGUUAUUAGAGUAGCACCGCAUGUUCCUGAAUCAUACCAUACACUGGGAAUUAUCUAUGAGUUACUUGGAAAUACUGAAAAAGCAAUGGGAUUUAAAACAGUUGCAGCAGGCAUUAUGCCAAAAGAGUGUUCUUUGUGGAGGGAGCUUUUCGAAUGGCACAAUGAACGAGGAGAUGUUGCUCGAGCAUUGAAUUGCCUCUCUAAAGCUAUAACAGCAGAUCCGAACGAUGUUGCACUCAGAAAAUGUCAGGCAUUGCUUUAUGUCAAAAUUGGAAAUUUACAAAAGGCUGCUGAAUCUUUUGAGCAAAUAUCACAAAUUUGUCCUGAAGAUGUUGAAGCUCUCAAGAGAGCUGCUGAGCUGUAUUCUGAAUGUGGUCAAACGGAACGAACUGUCAGCAUUUUGGAAGGCUAUCUGAAGAACCAUCCAUCUGGAUAUAUUUUUAUAGUGAUCGAUAUACUAGCUGCUGUUCUCAUGGAAACUAAUGCAUUUAAUUGUGCUCUGCAACGUAUUGAGCAUGCUCACCAGGUUUUCUAUUCAGGACAUGAAUUGCCUUUGCAAUUGAAAAUCAAAGCAGGAAUCUGCCAUCUUCACCUUGAAAAUAUUGAGAAAGCUGAGAUUCUUUUCAGUGAUCUGAAGCUGGAGAGGGCCUGUAAUCAUGCCAAGUUAAUUACAGAUGUAGCUGAUGCGUUUAUGAAUCUCGGGCAUGUUCAACUGGCACUGAAGUAUUACCAUAUGUUGGAGCCAGAUGCCGGAGUUGAAGAUGAGGGCUAUAUACUCGAGAAAAUUGCUGAAUGUUAUUUAAUGUUGAAUGAUCGAGUAAAAGCAACUGCAUUCUUCUACAAAGCUUUGCAUGCACUUGAAGACAAUGUUGACUGUCGUUUGUCCUUGGCGUCACUGAUCUUUGAAGAUGGUAAAGGAGAGGAAGCCAUUUCUUUGCUAGCACCUCCGAAAGAGUUAGAUAUCAGCAAUUUGAAUUAUGCUUCACAAAAUCCAUGGUGGCUUAACAAGAAAAUAAAACUGAAGCUUUGCCACAUAUAUAGAUCUAGAGGAAUGCUUAAAGACUUCGUCAACAUCCUAUUCCCUUUGGUCCGUGAAUCACUUUCUGUGAGAAGCCCUCGGCAGAAGGUAAAGAAAAGGCUAACAACAAGCGUUCUCCGUAAAAGAACCCAAAUUGUGGAUGGUGCGGAAACUAAUGAUGUUAUUGAUAGAGUUAGACCAUUGGCUUCCCGCUUGGAUCGAUUGAAAGCUUCUAGAGCAAGGAAGUUGCUUCAAAAGAAGGAAGAGCAGAAAGCAGCUGACAGAGCAGCUGGCUUUGAUUGCCGUAGUGAUGAUUCGGAUGUUGAAUCAAUGGAAGAAGAAACCAGAGUUCCCUCGAUUACCAAUUUUUUAACGGAUGAAGAGCAUCACAAUCUGAUUAUAGAUUUAUGCAAGUCACUUCAAUCACUAGAAAGGUAUUGGGAAGCACUGGAGAUUAUUGAUCUUACUCGAAGAAUGGCUUACAAGAAACUGCCUGUUGCAAAGAAGGAAGAACUUCAGUCUCUUGCAGCUCAAAUAUCAUACAAGACCACAGACCCUAAACAUGGGUUUGAGUGGGUAAGGUCCACUGUUAUAGAGCAUCCAUAUAGCCUUGCUGCUUGGAACUGCUAUUACAAAUUAACUCUAAGAUUAGGGAAGAACUACUCAAAGCACGCAAAGUUUCUGCGUUAUAUGCGAAGCAAACAUGAUUUCAGUGUAGCACCUAUAGUCAUUUAUGCGCAUCAGCUUAGCAUGGGCAGCCAUCACCAAGAUGCUGCUAGAGAAUAUUUAACAGCUUAUAAACUGUUGUCUGAGAGUCAUUUAAUCAACCUUUGUGUUGGAACUUCCUUGCUCAAUUUAGCCCUUGGAUUUAGACUUCAAAAUAAGCAUCAUUGUCUUACUCAAGGCUUAUCCUUCCUCUAUAAAAACUUACAGCUUGCUGAAAGUAGCCAGGUAUCUUUGCAGGAGGCAUUAUACAAUAUUGCCCGUGCAUAUCACCACGUUGGGCUUGCAUCUCUAGCAGCUUUGUAUUAUGAAAAGGUGCUUGAAAUACGUGAGAAGGAUUACUCCAUUCCAAAACUUCUGAUCGAGACCUCAGAUCUGGAAAAUCUGAAGCCAGUUUAUUGUGACCUGCGUAGGGAGGCAGCUCAUAAUUUGCACUUGAUUUACAAAAGUAGUGGAGCAUUUGAUCUUGCUAGACAGGUAUUGAAAGAUCACUGUAAAUUAUGAGUAAAUAUUCUCUAAUUAUUCAUCAAUUAUUAGCAUGUGUGAAAGGUGAGGUUAUACUCUUGUAUAUAAUUAGGGCAAGCUAAAAUAAGAAAAUCUCUCUCUCCAGUUCUGUUAAUUUUUAGCCUGGAAAAAAUGUGAGCUUUUUCAGUUUAUUAUGAAGUUGAUAACAUUAAUUUA